AUGUGGUAUGAUAAUGAAAGAAUUGCAGAGGAAGAAGGAGUAAGCAAAUUGCUGGUAGGAAAAACGUUUGCUUAUUUUCCUAAAUAUGUAGAUAAUGAAAAUAAUGAUUCUAACAAUAAAAAUAUUUAUGAAAGUAACCUAGAUAAUAUUGAUGAUAUUAGAUUUGAUAAUAAAGAAUAUGAAUUAAUUACCCAGAGAAUAGGAAGAACAAUAAUACCAUUAAACCCUGAACUUUUAGCUCACUCAACGUUUGAUCAAGAAAUUAUUGAUGGUUAUUUAAGUGAAAUUCAUAAAAAUGUACAUAAUUACUCAAUAUUAACAGAAUAUUCAUUCCUUAUGAAUGAAAUUCCUAAAAGUUUUUAUUGCCUUCCACAACCUGAUAACUUACUAGUGUGGGACGUAUUUAUUAUUUUAUAUAGUACAUUUUAUAAAAAUGGAAAAUUUAAAUUACAAAUUCGCUUAGGUGAAAAUUAUCCUCAUUCUAUUCCAGAAGUAUAUUUUUUAACGCCUGUUUAUCACCCAUUAAUUAAUCCCAUGACAGGAAAAUUAAACUUGGGUUUGAAUUUAAAUAAUUGGAAUCCUACAUCUCAUUAUAUGUCCUUAAUAUUUUUAUAUAUAAAAAGCAUUUUUUAUUUGCAAGAUGAAUAUUCAAAAGAAAUAAUUGAAAAUGAAGAAGCAUAUUUUUUAUUUAAUAAUAAUAAAGAAAUGUUUCUUAAAAAUGUAAAAAAGUCUGUUGAAGAAUCAAAUAAAGUAUUAUAUAACAAAAUUGAUAAUUGUAUGUUUAAUUUUGAUAAAAAUAUAGACAGUAUGGAAAUUACAAACAAAUUAGAAAGUAUAAAAAAUGAUCAAAAUUGCAGUAAAAAGGUUGAGGCUUUUAUACAUUGGUUAAUUAAUGAUUACCCUAAUGAAACUAACCAUGAAAAUACAAAUAUAUCAAUAGACCAGAAUAAAGAAAAUGAAAAAAAAUUAUAUUGUGAAAAUAAAAGUGAUAAAAAAAACGAUUAUGAUGAAAAAGAUCAUGAAAAUGAUAUUAAUGGUAAAGAUGAAAAAUGUAAUGAAAAUGAUACAAAAAAUGAUUAUGUUGAAAAAGAAGAAAAAAUUGAUAAAAAAAAUGAUAAUAAUGGUAAAGAUGAAAAAAGUAAUGAAAAUGAGGCAAAAAAUAAUUAUGUUGUAAAAGAAGACAAAAUUGAUAAAAAAAAUGAUAAUAAUGAUAAAGAUGAAAAAAGUAAUGAAAAUGAUACAAAAAAUGAUUAUGUUGAAAAAGAAGAUAAAAUUGAUAAAAAAAAUGAUAAUAAUGGUAAAGAUGAAAAAAGUAAUGAAAAUGAUACAAAAAAUGAUUAUGUUGAAAAAAAGGACAAAAUUGAUAAAAAAAAUGAUAAUAAUGGUAAAGAUGAAAAAAGUAAUAAAAAUGGUAUCAAAAAUGAUUAUGUUGAAAAAGAAGACAAAAUUGAUAAAAAAAAUGAUAAUUGUGAUAAAGACGAAAAUGAUCAAAAAAAUCAUAAUACUAUAGAAAAUGAAAAUGCCAAAAAAUAUUUUGAUACAACAAUUGGUGGAAAUGAAGGUGAAAAAAUAAGAAGAAAAAAGAAAAAAAAAAGUAAACAUUAA